AGGCGGGGAGGAGGAGGAAGGCGGGGGUGGGGAGGAGGAGGGGCAGCCCGGGCUGCCCGCGGCCCAUCUGUCAGCAGGGGCGGCGGGGAGGCUCGCCCGCUCCCCCCCGCUCGAAGGCGGGGCCCUGCUGCUCCCGUCCCAGCGGCCCCUCACCGCCGAGGCCUGUCCCCGCCACGGGAGGCCAACCCCGCCGCGCACUCCCCCCAGCUGCCGCCUCCUCCUCCUCCUCCUCUUCCUCCUCCGCCGGCCCCACGCCCGCACCUCCCGCCACAGGAGCUCACGUUACCAUGGCCACCCACUUCUCCAAGGAUCAUGAGGAGAGAAUCAAGUGUGUUAAGGGGGACCUUUUCUCAUGUCCCCCAACGGACUCGUUGGCUCAUUGCAUCAGCGAAGACUGUCGUAUGGGUGCAGGCAUAGCUGUUCUUUUUAAGAAAAAGUUUGGAGGCGUACAAGAGCUGUUGGAUCAACAAAAGAAAACUGGGGAUGUGGCAGUCCUCCGAAGAGAGGACCGAUACAUUUACUACCUGAUUACAAAGAAGAAGGUUUCUCACAAACCAACAUAUGAGACUAUGCGAAAGAGUUUAGAAGCCAUGAAAGCUCACUGUCUGAACAAUGGAGUUACUGACAUUUCCAUGCCUAGGAUUGGAUGUGGACUUGACCGCCUGGAUUGGAAUAAAGUUUCAGAAAUACUUGGGGAAGUAUUUGAAGACACAGAUAUAAAGAUCACAGUUUAUACUCUGUGAGCGAAAGAAUUUAAAGGGAGCCCCAUUUCCUUUGCUUUCAGGAGUGGAAAACUGUUAACUGAUGAGGGGGGGAAACUGCAUGCUGAGCACAUUCUUCAUCUGAGCGUAGCUCACUCUUGUGUUGGCAACAAAAAGAAAAAAGCUCCAGAGCACGUAAUUUUGGAUAUAGUGUUCAGGGAGCCUGUGAAGAAGGCAGGGGUGUUGUAACCCUGGGGGAGUUCCCAGUCUGUCCCAGCAAGCCACCAGAUGUCACUGGUCCUCCACAGAGGACCUGCCUGCACUAGAGGUUCUACGUAAAGCUGACAGUUCCUAUGCAGAGUGAAAUUGGAGCUGUCUGUUGCUGAGGUAUUUGUUGGUUUGUAGUAAUGAUGAGCUGUGGAGCCCUGUAACUGUUAUUUUUUUAAAAGUUUUGCAGUGUUCAUAUCUGGCAUACAGUUCCCUUACUCUUUGUUACAGGAUUAAAAAUUUAAUUUCUACCUUCUGGCUACAAAUGCAAUUUUUAGUUAUGAGAUUGUACUUGCUAGGAAUUUUGCUGCCAACAUUAAAUAAAUAACUUUUCAGGACUGUGCUGUCAGAUGAGAGCACAGUCCUUUUGGAAAAACAUA